CUGUACGCUCACUCUGUCUUACUGAAGAGUCUGUUCUCCUACCACAGGGCAGACACAGCAGGCUGAGACACUGGACCAUGUUCCCAUUGCUUUCCAUCUCCAUCGUGGUCUUCAUAUUCUCCCUGAGCCAGACAACUCGCACGCAGGAUGGGCAUCUACCCAGACCCUCCAUCUUUGCUGUACCGGGCCAUGCACAUGCGCUACCUAGAGGGAUAUCGGUUGUCAUCGCAUGCAGGAGCCCUGUGGGGUUUGAGCGGUUCCGCCUGGAGAAGGAACAUCUCAGAAUCAUAGAUGUGAUAAACUCCUCUUCUUCUAAGACAGCAGCUAGGUUCUACCUUGGUACAGUGAGUAAAGACACCGCUGGGCACUAUAGUUGUCUUUAUAAUAUAAGGAACUCCUGGUCCCCACGAAGCGAGACCCUGGAACUGAAGGUCAUUCGUGAGGACAUCACCGAGGCCUCUCCUCCAGUCUCAGACAUGACCUCAGCCCCCACCCUCCAGAGCUACGAGGUGUGGAAUGUUGUCCGAAUGGCCCUGGCUGGGGUAGUCUUGGUAGUCCUGGGGGCAAUCAUUGGAGAAGCUUGGCACAACCAGCGAAAGUCUACAGACAGCUCCAGAACUACAAGUGGACACAACCAACGGGAUUGAGUUUCAUCGUGGUGUUCAAGGGCUCAUAUUGGCCCAUGAGCUCCAUGGAUCUAAACUCUGCUUCCAGAGAAUAUUCUCCAGUUAUCAUCAGGGAGUGGUGAUGACACAUCCAGUUCUCUAUUUAGAGUCAGACGUUUGUCUUCAGGAUUUGCUUAAACAUAUAUUUUCACAACAAGGGUGCCUCCCUGCACCCCCUUCCUGGAUCUGUCUUGCUGUCUGGAGUUUUCUAUCCAUUAGCUUCCCAUUAUGCUGGCCCUUAAAGACAAAGUCAGUUUCAUGUAAUAUAUAUUUUACUUAAAAAAUGUCUGCUUGACUCCUCCAUUGUAGGUGGGAGUGCAAACUUGCGCAACCACUUUGGAAAGCAAUGUGAUAGUUUCACAGAAAAUUGGGAAUCAAUUAUUUUCAAGACCCAGCUAUAUCACUCUUGGGCAUAUACUCAAAGGAUGCUCAAU